ACAAUCCACAAUCAUAAAUAGCGUACACUGCACGUUCUUAUUGCUAAUUGAACAAAGCUUCAGAACAUUAAAUUUCGCUGCCUUAGCUUACUGAAAAGAAAAUGUAUACAGGUAGCAGAACCCUCUGUUUCUUUAUAAUUUUAUUCUUCCACUCUUUUUAUUUUCGUGCUUGUCAGGCAGAUGUGGGAACUGCAGCUCACUAUAGCCCUCCCUACUCGCCAACGACGUGUUUCGGGAGCGAUCCGACACAGUUUCCGUCGAGCAAUUUGUUCGCGGCGGCGGGAGAUGGGAUAUGGGACAAUGGAGCUUCGUGUGGAAGGCAAUACUUGGUGGGGUGUAUAAGUUCCAUAACGCCCGGAGCUUGCGUCAAGAACCAAACUAUACAGAUCAAGAUCGUUGACUACGCGCCGGGUGUGGUGUCCACGCCGUCUUCGUCCGGCACCACCAUUGUUUUGUCCGAUGAGGCCUUCGGACUUAUUGCGGAUGCUCUCGCUGAUUCUAUCAACAUUGAGUUUCAACAGGUAUAAACAACAAAAAUAUUUUGGUUUGUUGGUAGGGGUGAAGUCAGAAAUUUCAUUUAGUGGGGGCGAUUCGCCAUGUUAGCGAACAGAGCUUUCGGUAAGUGUUCGUUUAUGUUCGUUUAUUAAGGUAAACGAACAUUAACAAAUAAAAUUUAGAGCUCGAUUUAUAAACGAACAGAAUCUGAACAGUUGUAAGCUCGUUUGCUAAGAGAUCGUGAACAAGCUCGUUUGUGUUCGUUUAAUAAUGUUCACGAACAAGCUCGUUUAGUGUUCGUAUAAUAAUGUUCGUGAACAAGCUCGUUUGUGUUCGUUUAAUAUUUGUUUGUAUUCACUUUGUAGUUGUGUUACUUGUUUGGUUAUU